AUGAGAAGAAGUUCCAAAGGAGGAGGCAAAGGCAAUCCUGGAAAGAAUGUCCAAGCAUCGCCAUUUGCAACCCAGUCUUCAAAUGCUGCAAUACCUCCUUGGCCUUCACCCGAGACCAGCGUCAACUUGGCUCAGGCUCCAGUGGUACCAGCGUUGACAGCGGCCUCUCAUGCAGAGCUCCUCACUGCAGUGCGCAAGCAGUACCCAGAUAUCACGCAAGCCCCAGAAGAUAUUCAGAAGGCUGUGGAAAAGUCCGACAAGGCGACAACCAAAGCCCUUACAACGGACUUGAACAAAGCCUCGAAGCAAGUUGGGAAAGCUGCGAGGCAAUUGGCUACGGUGACAGAUGCGCGCACAGCCCAUCGCCAGAAUUGGCUCAAACAUCUCCGAGACUCUGUAGUCAGUUGGCAGAAACAAUUACAACUGUUCAAGGACCAGCAGAAGGAAUACAGCAGCCAGUUGGAGAAAGCCCACCAGGAGCUUACCACUGCGCGCAGACACCUUCAGAACUUGAACAAGCAGGCUGCAGCGAUCGGAGCGCCAAUCUCCUCCGAGACAGGAGAAGCCAACAUGGAGACGGCCGAAGUGGACACCUCCACCUUCGAAGCAGAAGCUCAAGCUUUGGUUCAACAGGUGCAGGAAAGCCUCCAGCAGAGCAUCGCCGCAGCAGCUGCAGUAGAACCUCACGAAGUGACAUCCGACGAAGAGAUGGAUCGGAAAAACAAAAGGUGCCUGAGUUUGCUGAUGCCUAUCGCCUUCAUGGAGAUUGCGGUGCAGCAUGCAAACCGGACCUUGACUAUGCAUCAGAGGAAUCCAAAUGCAGAUGAGCUUUUCUCUGAGAUUGAAGCAGCGCAGGGACAACCUGAGAGAGGUGACCAUGAUUUCUCUGGCCUUCUGCAACUGCAGCAGGACCCAUUGCCUGGUAGUGCUGAACAUAUCCUCCAGGCUCACAAGACAGGUGAAUGCUCUGCACCUCUCUUCACUGAGCAAACGCCAGACACCUUUCUUCCACGAGAAGUUCCCCGUCAGCAAGGUGUUAACUGGCCAUCAUGGUACAGUUCACUUCACAGAGCUUUUCAAGAACAAGCUGCAACAGCAUGUGAGGAAGAAGGUCCAAUUGCUUUUGUUACCACCUGGUAUCUCCGAGGGCCAGGUGAAUCUGUCAGUGAGGAAAGCAGGGUCUUGCGUCUUGACCACUAUCAUGACCUUUGGAGACAGGACUUGGUUGAAUUAUGGAAUGACAAGAUCAUCCAUGAUGAGGUUUUGAACAUCGAGUUUGUUCACCCAGAACCACCGCGCCAUGAUGCGAGUUGGACCAUCGGCCAUGUCAUUCUCUAUCAGCUUAUCAGCAGGCCUACUGUUCCUGUACUUGUUGCCAUCAAUUUCAUCACAGAUAGAAGAACUGGACUCAAUUUUGCGGCAGCCUCCUUACAAAGUCCUACAAGCGCCUUUCGAAUCAGAGACACUUGUCGGCUUGCCAGAAUUUGCAUCGAUCGACGUUGUGAUCUACAUGCCAAUGAUCGGGUUUAUCAGCAAGAUGAGCUUGUUUACCUACGGUCUGGACAAUGUUUGAUCUUCAAUAUCCACCCGCCAGUCAUCGUCCACCAUGUUGGUGAUGAUCAGGUUGUUACCCCACAGUGGAUGACCACCAGCAGUCAUGCGAACCCUGCUGUUUUGGAAGCUCAGCCAAUCAUCACUGAUCAAUCUGAGUUCACCCAGGAAUUCUUCGAACACUGGGAGGUCCAUGCCCGUGUUGGACCAGGCAACCUUGAACGGCAUUUGCAAGUCUCCACAUGGUGCCUCCAUGCUGAUAGACUACGCAUGAAUGAUGAGGUUCGCCAAGCCAUUCUUGGCGAUGACUUUCACCUUUGGGAGAUGCAGUUGCAGCGCAUUUGGCAGGAUUUGUUAGACCCGAAUAUCCCUGUAGAAUUUGCGAUUGCUUGGCAUCCUCCUGAAAGCGAGUUCGAUGCAUCCCGCAUCCACAUCAUUGUGCGCCAGCUUCUACAACAACACGAACGUGCAAACCUUGUCACGAUGUAUGAUGACACAGUGCUGAACAAUGUGCCUUACUCAACAGCAGUCAUCUUGCCUGCCACAGUCAGCCAAACUGCUUUAUUAAGAGCUGUGCAUCGUGAACAAGAUUGUCCACCAGUCAAUCCUUACACUACCUGUACCACUUGGCAGCGAGGAAUCCAAUUCAAUGAUGUGAGGCAAUUGCGAUGCCAUCAUGGCAUGACCUUCAUGCUGAUCAUCAACUGGAUUCAACAACCAACUUGGUCAUGGGAUGACCGCGAUGACCUUCAGUCCAAUGCACUCAUUGAACCGCCGCAGACUGUGAACAUUGAUUUUUCGACAGUUCUGUUCCUGGCUGACGAACUUCGAUGCCUUGAUUACCAACUGCAACAAAUUUGGCCCAGUGAUUUGGAGGCUCCUGCUGUUACAGUCGAAGCUUUUACGACCUUGACUGCAGACCCUCAGUUGCCACCGCUUGCUUACCAUUUCUUCACGGAUGGCUCAAAAAUUGCCAAUGGGCAAGUUGGGUCUGGUAUUGUGAUGUUGGUACAAACUGUCCAAGGUUGGCACUACGGUGGUUGUCUUUACAAAGUCAUUGAAUCGGAAGGCUCGUCAAUUUAUGGAGAGCAUGGGGCAAUCAUUUGGGCCUUAUUCUGGGCUUGUCAUCUCAGCAGCAAGCACUGGGAAUCUUAUGGCACCACUGCACUUGAGUUCUCAUUCAACUUUGAUGCCACAGUUUCUGGUUUUUCAGCAGCUGGCUAUUGGCGUACACCACAUGCCCUGCCGUGGAGAACAUUGAUGCGGAGCAUUGCUCAAAUCCUGCAAACCAGACAUGGCUUCCACAGUAUUUCCUGGAACCACAUCAAAGCACACUGUGGUCAUCCUUGGAAUGAAUGUGCAGAUGCUUUGGCGAAAUAUGCUGCUGCGCACCCUGAAGCAGCUGGCCAUAGUCGUUUUUGGGAACAGAUUUUGCAAGACUCUUCGAAAUUGUGUGCAGUGCAAUGGCUCUGGUACAAAGAGCUACUUGAAGCAGGAGAUCCACGAGUCCCUGCACUUAUGAAUGGGCAUGUUGUUUGUCUCCAGCCAAGUUUUCGGCCUAGCCAACCUCCGUCGCAACAGCAGAUGCAGACAACCGCUGUGCAAAAGACCCAAUUGAAGCUUACGCUUGCCACAGCAAACAUCAUGACCAUGGACCAGUCAGCCAAGACUUCCUCAAUUUCCAGGCAGAUGAUAUUGAUGCAACAAUUUCACUCUGCUGGAUGCCAUAUAGUUGGAGUUCAAGAAACACGGCACCGUCAUGUUGUUGGCGCCAGCAAUGAAUUUUAUCACAUAUUUGGACAUCCGGCUGAUCCCAGAGGUCAAGAUGGUAUACAGCUUUGGAUCUCCAAAUCACUUCCAGUUGGGCCUGAUUGCGGACCAUUUGAGAGCGAGUCCGUCCGCAUCAUCGCUUCUGCUCCGAAUUACAUAGUUGCCAAACUCAAAGUUUCGCUUUGGUCUUGUGUGGUUAUUUCAUGCAGAGCGCCUCAUUCAGGUCGCCCGCAAUCUGAAAUAGUUGCCUUUUGGUCCCACAUCAAUGGCAUUUUGCAGCGAGUUGCUCCUCAUGUGCCUGUUUUCUUUUGUGGAGAUGCAAAUGCACAUUUAGGUGAAGUGCCAUCAGCGGCUGUUGGGCAACUCCAAGCGACCAAUGAGAAUAAUGCAGGAAAAAUCUUUCAUGAGUGGAUGCUGAGGCAUGAUUUAUUCGCUCCAUCGACAUUUGAGAAGUGGCACAGUGAUUCUAUUUCAGCUACUCAUGUUUCUCCGAAUGGGCAUGAAGUUCGCAUUGAUUAUGUUGCGCUCCCUACAGCCUUGAAUUUCCAGCGGAUCAAGUCUUGGGUUUGCGAGGACAUUGACUUAUCAAUUAUGCGUUUUGAUCACAGAGCAGUGCUUUGUCAGGUUGAAUUUGACUUCGUUGCACCUCAGCGGACACCAAAACAACGCAUGUAUCAACCUGAUGUUCAAGAUUUAGCCAACAACCUCCAACAUGAGGCUUGUAAGCACUUCCUGCACUCUGCAAUUGUGACACCACCGUGGUGUGUUGAUCCCCACACCAGUGCUGCCAGUUUGACAGCCGAUGCGUAUGCAGCAACGUGCCAACUUGCGCAGCCACGGACUAGUUGGCUCUGCUUACAUGACCAUGCCAUUGCCACCACCCAACAUCAAUUGCGUAUUGCCUCUGAAGAAGCCAAAGUUGCGGUGCUUGAAGAGGAUAGCAAGUUCUACCAGGCGAUCGCUGCUCAAACCAACCACAUCUACACCACUGAAGGCCUUACAAAGCUCUGGAAGCAACUGCGAGCUUUGUUGCCCAAACACAGGAACAAAACUCAUCAAGCAAGGAGAGACAUUGAUGAUGAUCUUCAAAGGCAUUUUGAGCAAUUGGAAGCAGGAACUCCCAUUGCUAAAGAUGACUUGCCUCCACAUUUGCAUUCAGUUCUCUGCAAAUCCCUGAUCUAUGGCAUUGAGCCCUUCGACUUCAAGGGUGGAAGGCUUUGCGCAAUAUACAAAGGGAAAGGAGAUCCAGACGACCCGACAGGGUACAGGGGCAUCUUGCUCUCCAACACGUUUGCGAAGAUUGGCCAUGCAUGGGCGCGCCAAAGAUUACUUCCAACGUUACUUCAGCGCAAAACAUUGGGUCAACUGGGGGGGCUCCCCUCACAGCAGACAAUCACAGGAGUGCAAGCAGUGAGGCUGCACGGCAUUGCUGCACAGCAAAAGCACUUGUCGAGUGCUGUUAUCUUCCUGGACCUCAAAGCUGCCUUCCACCACAUGCUGCGUGAACUCAUUUUUGCGACGCAGAAUCAACUUGUAGUUGGUAUUGCCUCAGAUCUCGACCAACUUUGUGCCAGCGAGAUCAAGGACAUUCCUGAUGGUUUGCGACGUCUUCUUCAUGAUAUGCACCAACAAACUUGGUUUGUUCUCAUGCAGAAGCAGGGGGAGGAUCCAACUAUUUGUACCCACACCAAGCGAGGUACACGCCCUGGCUCUCCUUUGGCAGAUAUUGGUUUCAAUUUGAUGAUGACUCCUUUACUUCAAGAGGUUCACCAAGCCCUCAUGGAUUCCGAAGUCUUUGUUGCCGGUGCGAAUGAGAUUGGAACCUUUACACCACCUAUUGCCUGGAUGGAUGAUGUUGCCAUCACAUUGGCCACUGUUGCAGCUCAUCAACUUGAGCCAUUGAUCCAGUACACCUUGGGGGCAGUGCAUGGAGCUUUUCGACGCAGAGGUCUUACGCUCAACCUGGAAAGAGGCAAAUCUGAAAUCAUUGUCAUGUUCCGGGGUCCAGGAGCAGCUCAGUGUAGAACAGGACUUUUUGACACGGGUCGUGUUCCUACCGUCACUGCCACUACGGACACGCAUAUUCUGAAUGUGAAGGUUACCACCUCGUAUCGCCACUUAGGUGUGCGGUUUGCCAUGAAUUUGGACUAUGCCCAUGAAGUCCUUGUGAGAAUUGGUGCAGCCAGACAGGCAUUUGAACAGCUGAAAAAGCAAAUCUUUUUGAAUGUUGCCAUUCCGAUUGAAGGGAGAGUCACGCUUUUUCAGAGCCUAGUCCUUUCGCGACUCCUAUAUGGCUGUGCGGUCUGGUCGCAGCUUUCUACCGCAACUUUCAAGAAACUUGAUGCUGCGAUUAUUGCCUUCUAUAGAAGAAUCUUCAACCAUGGAUUCUGGACGACUGCGCAGACCACAGAUGAGGACUUUAUCAGCAGCAAUCGGUUGGUUCCUUUCAGGAUUUUUUGGGCAAGACACCGGCUUUGCUAUUUGCAUCAUCUAGCGCAGCAUGGUCUCACUUUCCACAAAACCCUCUUGCUUAUGGAAUUUCAAACAGGCAGAGGAUGGCUUUUUGAAGUGCUGGAUGAUUUGAAAUGGAUGGCUCAGUUUCAUGAACUUCCCUUUGAGCUCCCAGUGUCUAGGGAAGAUUGGUUCGACGCUUGGGCACAACUACGACAAGCGAGGUCGUGGAAGAGAUGGCUCAAGAGAGUUCUGGAGGAAGGUGAACCAGACUUUGCUUGGUGGGACCCGAACAGUCAACCAGAUCUCACCUUGCGAUGUGUCCAAGCCUUGAAUGAGGUCUUGCAAACAUGGAUACAAGAUGAUCCUGCCACAAUUGAGGGUUUCUACAAUGCCUUUUUUCGAUGCUUGUUUUCAUUUGGAAUUCCAGAGUUUCAAGCUGCGAGAAUUUUCAUCCAUUGGGUUGAGAAGGCAUUGCCUGAUUUUGUCCCGGCAGAUGAAGUCUUGCACAAUAUGGAGACGCUGGACGAUGCACACAUGUCCAUGUUGGAUGACCUUCACAUUUGGCAUCUUCGAAAUCGAUUCAAACAAUUGACAAAACAACUGGAGAGACUCAACGCAGAUGAUGUCACUCCUCCCUCAGAUCAAAGACCACCAGCCCAAGAGCGUCCUGCUCGCCAACAUCUUAUUCGUACGUGUUACAGCGCGAUGAAAGAAGAGGAGCUUCACAGGAGACAGUGGCGUAUGGAUGUUCGACCUCAACGAGGACCGACCCCUGAGCAGGGUCCAUAUUACGUCAUCCACAUGUACGCUGGUCGGCGCAGGGACUAUGACUUCCAUCAUCAUAUGGCGGGCUUAGUUCGUGACUGCAGCCAACCGUGGGCUUCCUCCAUCAUUAUAAUUUCCCUGGACACUGCGAUUGAUGAGAAGAUGAAUGUACACUCGGAGCAAGUCUGGAGCUGGCUAUUGCGAACGGCAAGAGCAGGUCGCAUACUAGGGCUUCUCCUAGGACCGCCAUGUGAGACUUGGAGCAGUGCGCGACAUGAGACUCAACUUGGAGAAGACGGAGCUCCCUUGCGAGGCCCUCGACCCCUUCGUCAUGCUGAUGAGUGCUGGGGACUCAUGGGCUUAGCGCUCCGUGAGCUAUGCCAAUUGUCGACGGGAAGCUGCCUGUUCCUGCGAGGACUCUGGCUUUGCAUUCCUGUCGCCCUUUUUGGCGGAGCUGUCUUGUUAGAGCACCCUGCUCCACCGUAUCAGGAAGAUCGAGCUUCGAUCUUUCGAACUGGUAUUGUCCUUCUGAUGCUGAGGGAUGGAUGGCUCUUCAGACGGCAUACGUUUCAACAAUGGCGACAUGGCUCAGGUGGCAUCAAGCCAACGUCCUUAUUGUACGCCAACAACAGCGUACCAGCAGUUCUCGAUCGAAUGGCUAUUCCUGGUGUGGCCCGACCGCAGACUGCACUCAUCGGCAGAGAUGACCAAGGAUGUUUUAGGACGGCAAUUGCUAAGGAAUACCCUAGCAAUUUGUGUGCAUGCUUUGCCCAAUCCAUUUGGGAUCGGAUCAGUUCGCUACCGUUGAGGUGUGGUGGCUCUGACCCCGACCAGAUGGCACUUGAAUUUGCUUCUUUGUCAGCUAGGGUUGAGCCCAGCAGGACAAUGAAGCCAGACUAUCAGCCUGACAUGAGCUGA